AUGGAAGUCGAUCUUUAAGAGAAAGAUCAAGCAAACGCACGAAUAAAGGACGGAAAUAAACCGCCUAAGGAGUCUAAGAAGGAAAAUAACUAGCAGAACUCAAUUAAAGCUAAAAAAUCAAAGAAAAAGUCAGCCCUAAAAAAUCUGAUUCUUGAUACUCGAAUUGAAUCUCAAGCGACUAUUGAUAAGCACACAUACAGUGGGGCAGAGCGCAAUAAUUCUUAAAUCAGACCAAUAAAUUAGCAAAACCCACUGCAGGCUUAGAACUCGAAGGUAAUCACGAUGUCCAGUCCACAGAACAAAAAUACUUCAAGCACUCAUAAAAAAUAUUCGUUACAAAGCAAUCACAAUUUGAUUGAGGAUAGCGACCGUGAGACUUAGGCAAUAAAUCAAAGUUUAAAAUAACACAAACGUGAUGGCUCAUCCAUUAUUACUGUUAAUACUGCUUAAAGUUAACGUGGAAGGCCUUAUACUAGUGGAUAAAAUUCACUUCAUGUUAAAUCAUCAUAACCUGAGUAAAUGCAACUAAAUCAACAGUAUUCUAGCAAUCCUCGCAGCGACUAAUAGUACUAAUAGCUAUAGCAAUAGCAUUGGCAACAUGGAAACAAUAAUGGAAAAUAAAAUAAAAAUCAGUAAGUUAUUCAAGGUGGAUCGAAGAGCUUGAUUCCAAUGGCGAUGAAUGCCUAGAAAAAAUAGUAGAUUAACAAUAGCAAUGCUCAGAUUCAAAUUCAAGGUAUAAAUAAUAUGCAUUAGUCCUAGAUACUCCUGAAUCAUGGAUCUCUGUAAAGCUAUAAUGCCAUUGAUACAGAUAUAAGAACUACAGAUGGAUCCCCCUCUAAAAUUGUAGCAAAAAUGACUACAAACUAAGGCUCUACCUUUCCUCAUUAAUCUUCUCAAAUCCAAGACUAUCCUUCGAAUUUAAACUAAAGUCACGGGAGCAGCAUUCUAAGUCAGCAAUAAAACACGCAGUUCUAGCAUGUGCUUUAAUCUCAGCAAUAUCAGCAAUCCUUGAAACUGCAAUAGGAUAUGAGACUUAAUAAUAAUAUCAACAACAAUAAUAAUUAACACUAACUUGCACAUUAAGUUGGCAUCAAUGGACUCCUUAACAUGACUAAGUAAAGAGGACUUAUCAAUAAUCCUUAGUAAUUGUAUAACAUUAGAAAUUAAUCAAACACAGUCGUCAGAUCAUAGUCAAGUCAGAAGCCCACUCACAAUCCUAACAUCUAGCUUUAAAAGAAUGGCAAGAUAAUUGCCUAGAAGUCUCCUGUUUACCACUCUUAAAAGAUACCUCAGUCUAAUACUUAGUUAAUGCCAACUGGGAUGUCUUACCAAUAGCAUCUUGCUUAUCAGCAAAUGUAGCAACAAUAGAAUAGUUAAUCAUAAAAUACUUGUCCACUCUCUAUAUUCGACAUCUAAUUUUACAAAAAUGACAAUCACUCUCUCCAGCACAAGCAACUCUAUAAUAAAAACCCUUAGUAUCAUUAUGCCAUUCAUAAUCAAUAGGCUUACCUUUAGCAGUAAUUAUAGCAAUAGUAGCUGCAGCAAAACAGUCAUGUUGGAUUUGCUGUCAUUCCAGCAAGAUUUAAUCACUCUUAAAACAAUAGAAAUCAGAGUAACUAAAUACAAGCUCAUCCCUAAUACGUUAUGCAAAAAGGCUAGAAGCCUGGUAACUUUGGGUCAAUUCAGGGAGGAUAUUACUUCUAUGAUUAGCCUGUUGCUAUAAAUGGAAAACAAAUAGGUUAGCCAACAGCUUUUGCUAAACUAGACCCAAAGAGCUUGUUGCAAUAUAAAAAAGGAGGAUCAGCUGGACUUCUCCAAAAUAACUACAUUUUAGAUCAAAAUUAUCAAAAACUCCAUAUGUAGUAUGAAUAUGCUCAUGAAGAUGCCAUGAAAUAGCAAAUCAUCCAGGAACUUCUAGAACAUCAACAAAUACCUCCAUAUUUAUUGCAGACUCAAGACUUAAUUCAAACAUCUAAUCAUAUACAUCAUCCCUAGCAAGAAGGUAACAAUCAAGGCAUCAAGAGUCAAUAUUAUCAGUCCAUGUCCUAGCUGGGUCUUAGUCUAAGUGCGCAGUAACAACUGCAAUUUGAAGAAAUUCUAAAGGCUGCUAAGGAUAGUGUGCUAAAUGCACCUAAUACUGUAGUACCUAAAAAAUCUAAGAUUCCAUUUGCAAACGCCUAUGUUGAGGACUGCUAUAAGUUCGUAGUAAUUCCAGGAAACAAUUCUGGAUUGAUUAGAAAAGCUAUUGAACGUAGAGAUUGGUGGAUAGAGAUACCUCCAGUGCACUCUCUCUACAACUUCAAAUGGCAGCCAGUAUCUUAUGGUAUCAAAUUCGAACGCCUCUCUCCAAUUAAGCCUAAGCCAGGCGAGAUAGGUAAUUUAGGUAAUUAGUACAACACUUUCUAGCAGCAGUAAUCAACAAUAGGCAAAAGCAAUAACUAGCCUAAUCAGUAGUCUGCAGUCUCAGAUAAUGUCUAAACUAGACAAAUGGUUAAUCACUUUGAGUUUCAUCACUUGAUAAGUGAGAAGGCGAAUUUGUUUCAUCAAAUGAAGCAGCAUUGUGAGAUCUAUAAGGAGAAUAUAUUUGACACUUGCCCUUUAACCUUCUAUGUUGAGAUCACGGACAUAGAUAAGACCUAGCAAUAUAACUAGAGUAUGCAAUAGUUCUUCCAGGUAUAUCAAUUACUAGAAGAAAAUAAGAAUAAAAUUCGUGACAUUGACCAGCAGAUUCAGGAUUUCAAGAGUAAAUUUAACUAAAUAAAAGGUGCUGAAGCUUUAGAUAAUAUUGAAGAAGAAGGUGAAUAGACUGCUUCGACAGGUGAAAACUCUAACUCAAAUAACGGGUCAUCUGCAAAUGCCCCAAGUGUCUCAGAACGCAAGGAAAAAGAAUUCCUGUCUUAAAUCAAUAAUAAGGUCAUUGGUAAUUAGAAGGAUGGGAACAAGCAAAUGAAGAAAUUUAAGACAUUCAACUUUGAAAAGCGUUCAUACACAAAGUACAUAUGUCCUAUGUCUCACUUCAAUGGCUUCAAUCUGUGGCUUUUAAAGCCUACUCAUUUGAAUAGAGGAAGGGGUAUUCAUGUAUUUAGAGACCUGGAUGAUUUGCAUAGGCUCGUUAAGGAGUACUGCUCUGGCAAAGAUGAGGAAGUGAAGGUAGCCAAAAAGAAUUCUAAUAACCCCAAUAGUCCUUAGAAGAAUGUUGGACUAGAUGACAGUUAAGACUAGAUUGAUUAGGCCGAGUAUAUGGAAGAAAAUGACAAUCUAAAUAAUUUCUAGCAACAUGAAGCUGGUGGUACAUUUUAAAGUGACCCAUUAUUGCUGUCUAAGAAAAAAUUAUCUCCAAAGAAGAAUAAUGGAUAUAAAAUCAAGCAUAAUACCUUUAUCAUUCAGAAAUACAUUGAAAAGCCACUGCUUUUAUACCAAAGAAAAUUUGACAUUAGAGUUUGGGUACUACUCACGCAUGAUUACGACUUAUUUAUGUUUAAAGAAGGUUACUUAAGAACUUCCAGCUCAGAAUUCAAAAUUGAUCUUAAAAAUGUGGAUGACUAAUAUGUGCAUUUGACUAACAAUGCAGUUUAAAAGUUCUCAGAGCAUUAUGGCUAGUUUGAAGACGGUAACUAACUUGGGUACAAGAGAUUCCAAUAAAUGCUAGAUGAAUUAUAUCCUAUGCCAGGCGAGAAAAAGUGUCAUAUUUCAGUGAAAGAAGAUCUUAUUCCUCAAAUGAAGGAGCUGAUAAUUAAAAGUAUGUUUUCAGUCAGAAAGAAGAUUGAUCCCUUCAAGAGAAAGCAUUGCUUCGAGCUGUUCGGCUAUGAUUUCAUAUUAGAUCAGGAUUAUAAUGUUUGGCUUAUUGAAGUGAAUACCAAUCCUUGCAUUGAAGAAUCAAGUGAACUCUUAAAGAUAUAUCUACCAAGAAUGAUUGAAGAUAUGCUUAAGCUCACUAUAGAUAUCACAUUCCCUAAGAUAAAAAAGAACAAGCCUAAGAAGCAAAGUAAUAAUGCCUUGAACAACGCAACAAACUCUACUGGUAUCUCAUCGCCUUUGAAGAAUUCUUCGAAGUCAUCUAAACUAGGCUAAAAUCAACUUUCAAACAACAACAACUAACUAUAACUUGACUAGAUUGAAGAAGAAAAUUAUCAAAGUAUUCAUGAAUCUAACUUAGCCAAAAUGUCCACCGAUGAAAAUCAUACUCCAACCCUGCACUUCUAGACUUCGAGGAGGAAUGACAGAGAAGAUACAAUCCUGUCAAGGAAAAAUCAGAGAAUUCACCCUGUCGAUGGGUACUCAAACAAUGAAAAUAUGUGGGAAAAACUUUGGAACCUCGAUAAAGUUGAACAGCCUAAUUUCAAGUAUCCCAAUUUCAGGUCUGAAUACAUAAUAAGUGCAAAUAAUAAACAGUUUAAGAUUAAAAAGAACCCUCUCUAUAAAAAGGUACUUAAGGAGAUGAUGGGUGGAAGCAAUCCAGAUAAAAGUAAUAAUAAUAUUUAAGAUUCUAACAAUGAAUUUUGA